AAAGGAUGAAACAAUAAAAUGAAAAUAAUGCGUUGUGGAGCGGCAGGUUUUGUUUUGAAUUUCGAUAGAAAGCGGGGGAAAAUAGGCGCCGUCAAAUUGAGCCGUUAAUGAGGGCGUCACUUCUCCAGUGUUUGCUUGGACUGUUGGGCAGCAAUAGCGAAUUCCAGUAAGGAUGAAUAGUAAAACACCGUUGAGGAGCAGGGUUCAAACCGCAGGGAGGCGUAACAGUUUGCUGAGCCCCAAUGAUGAUGAUUUCGAGAGGGCACAGGCCCGAGCUGCGCGCGCCGCAGCCACCAGGAGGAAGUCCAUUGUUGAUCUGCCUCCCCCCGCCAGUGAACACGAUGACCUCCUUUCCAAGGACCAAAUUCUUGAUCUUUUCCACAAUACCAUCAAGCUCGCCAGCGAAAAUAAAAUAAACCAGCGGAACACCUGGGAGCUCAAGUUAAUCGAUCAUCUCAGUGAGAUCAUCUACAUCAGUGACAACGACACGGAGACAAACUUCCAAAAGGCUAGCUGCACAUUGGAAGCAGGGGUAAAGAUUUAUUCAUUUCGAGUUGACUCGGUUUACUCUGAAGUGUACAAGGUCCUUGGAGGGCUUAAUCGUACAAAUGUCAUUGAGAAGGAACUAAAUGGACAAGGGGAAGAAGGAGAACUUAGAGAUAUAGAGGAAGAUGAAAUGAGGAAGGAACACCCUAAGAAGAUCCCAGCUUCAUUGGCUUCUUUGGAACCUUCAUUUGAAGCACUUAAUAUAAAGAAGUUUGAUGUUGGCUUUACGGUCGACCCUUUAUACCAUCAAACUUCUGCACAAUUUGAUGAGGGAGGAGCCAAGGGCCUUCUAUUCAAUACGCUGUGUGUCUAUGAUGAUUUCCACAUUGUCUUUGACUCUUGGGAUGUCCCAGAGAAGAAUAUGAAGUUAUCAGCAGCUAAAAAUACAGAAACAUCAUCCCUGAUAGACCUUUCUCUAAUGAAAGAUAUUGUUCUGCAUUCAAUGGCUGCACUGCAAGAUUCAACAGAAAUUUCACCCACACUUAAUGCAAUCCUUAAGUUGGUGGAUGAUCCCUAUGAUGAUAGUGCUCAAGCUGCAUCAGUGAGACAACAUGAAGACACGGAAUGUGAUUUAUCUUGUGAUGAUGAAGUUACAGAUGAAGGAAGGCCUCAAUUCUUUGAAAACAACUUUACGGCUGAUGGAGACAUUGAUGAUGGAUUGGAUAAUGUGAUACAAGAUUCAGCUUCAUGGGGUUCUUUUGCUCCAGAAAUACACAACCAUGAGGAAAAUCUCAAUGAAUGUACAGCAGAAUACACAGUUAAUGAGGAUUCUUUAGGCGAGCAGACAGUUGAUUUUUUAGUACUGGGGAUGGGUAUGCCCUCUAGCAAGAAUGCUUGGGCAGGGCCAGAACACUGGAAGUUACAUAAAUCAAAAGAUAUUAAACGAAGUACAGAGGCUCAAGAUGAUUCAUCCUUAAAUGGAAAGAAGACUAGAAAAACGAAAAGAGAACCUUUUUUGGUUGAUUAUAUGAAUUUGCAGGAUAUUGAAAGCACGGCAUUUGCUCCACCCAAAAAUCAGCAGUCCUUGCUUCUUCCCCCCAGUAAUUCUUCUAUUGAAACUAUUCUUCCAGAAGACUGCCAUUAUCACCCAGAGGAACUUGUUAAGUUAUUCAUGUUGCCUUCCACAUUGUGCAUCCGGAAGAGAGCAAGAAAAGAAACUGAUGAUUCUAUGGAAAGAAAUGAUAGCUAUGAAGCAUCAUUUACAUGUGACAGUGGAGAUUUUCAUGACCCUAAUAGUGGUAACUGGGAUAAUGUACAUGAUGGAAGUGAUGUUGAAGACUUGAGUGAUAGUAACAUGGUUGCUCAACCUCGGAAGGUUGUGAAAAUUGAUGUGGACUAUGACAAGACAUCUAAAGAUGUAGAUGUAAGAAUGCUGAAAGAAACUCUUUGGUAUUGCAUUCUAGACUCUGGCAAGACUAAGGAAGAGGAUGAUGAAGCUAGGCCAGAAAGCAUAACAUCAUUCAAGCGACUACUUAACAAAUUUCCAGCCACAUGCCUAGCUGCUGCACCUGAGGAUAUCUCUGCACAUCUCUGUUUCAUUUGCUUGUUACAUUUAGCAAAUGAGCAUAAUUUAAGAAUUCAAGGUUGCCCAAGCUUGGAUGAUCUCUUUAUUUUUAGUAUCCCAAACAUUGAUCAUUUCUCUGAUGCAGAUGAUUAAGCAGGAUGCAUAUGUAUGUUAUGUACAUUAGUCUAAUAACAUGUAAAGUGUGUUAGUAUGAGAGUGUUGUAAUGAUGUAAUGUGUCAUAUGGGAAUGUGAGAAUAAUUCUUUGCUGUAUAGUAUAUUGCAGUCUGUACAAACACAUUUCUGGCAGUAUUGUCACUAUUUUUGUGCAACGCAAAGAAGACCCUGAAGGGCUUUUUAAAUUA